CUAAGACGGUGUUACUGGCAGGGGAGGCGCAUGAGGGAGCCUUCUGGGGUGAUGGAAAUGUUCUAAAUCUUGGUCUGGGUAGAGGCUGCAGGGAUAUAUAUAUAUAAAAUCAUCGAGCCAUACAUGUAAGAUUUGUGCACUUGACCAUAUGAGUUAUACCUCAGUGAAGAGCAGCCACCUGCUCUAACUGCACAUGUGGAUUUCCGGGCUUCUGUUCUCAAGAACGCCCUGUGGGGCCGGGAUGCUGACGUUUGGGAAGAUAAAGUCUGGCUGCUGGGCCCCAGCACCGCCCUCCCACCGUGUCAGUGGGCUGAUUUGCAUGCCCUGUCGUGGUCCAGCAGCCUCCCCAGUGUGCCCUGAAGCAGCUGGAGCACGCCCAGCGCAAGCCCAACACAACAAACGACUCCCACCUGCCUCCCUGCCUCUGGCCAUGGCCUGUCAGCAUCUGGUCCUCCUUCUGACUGGGGUCAUCCUGGCAGCCUCCCAGCCAACCCUGACCCAGCCGGACACACUGCUGGUCUUCCCAGGCCAAGUGGCCCAACUCUCCUGCAUGCUCAGCCCCCGCUAUGCCACCGUCGGGGACUACGGAGUGUCUUGGUAUCAGCAGCGGGCAGGCAGCGCCCCCCGCUUGCUCCUCCACUACCGCUCAGAGGAGGACCACCACCGCCCCACUGACAUCCCUGACCGCUUCUCGGCAGCCACGGAUGCAGCCCACAAUGCCUGCAUCCUGACCAUCAGCCCCGUGCAGCCUGAAGAUGCCGCGGAUUAUUACUGCUCCGUGGGCUACAUACCCUAGGGGUGGGGUGUGGGAUGAGUGCCUUCUGUCUGCCUCCCACUUAUGCUCCUGACCUUGGGACCCUCCCUUUCUCUGAGCCUUGAUUUUCCUCCUCUGUAAAAUGGGUUAAUAAUCAACAUGUCAACAAUAACUAUUC